CGGGGCCGGCGGGGCGCGAUGGCGGAGGGCGGGGACCCGCCCGCCCCGGGCAGCGCAGGUCGCAACCUGAAGGAAUGGCUGCGGGAGCAGUUCUGCGACCACCCCCUGGAGCACUGCGAGGACACCCGGCUGCACGACGCGGCCUUCGUGGGGGACCUGCCCACCCUGCGCAGCCUGCUGCAGGACGAGAGCUUCCAGAGCCGGAUCAACGAGAAGUCGGUGUGGUGCUGCGGGUGGCUGCCCUGCACCCCCCUGCGCAUCGCGGCCACCGCCGGCCACGGCCCCUGCGUCGACUUCCUGCUGCGCAAAGGGGCCGAGAUCGACCUGGUGGACGUCAAGGGGCAGACGGCCCUCUACGUAGCCGUGGUCAACGGGCACCUGGAGUGUGCCAAGAUCCUGCUGGAGGCCGGCGCUGACCCCAACGGCAGCCGGCACCACCGCAGCACCCCGGUGUACCACGCGGCACGGGUGGGACGCGCCGACAUCCUGCGGGAGCUCAUCAGGUACGGCGCGGACGUGGACGUGAAUCACCAGCUGGCGCCGCGCGGGCCUGGGCAGGCGCUGCGGCCGCUGACCACGCUGGUGGUGUGUCCCCUGUACAUCAGCGCUGCCUACCACAACCUGCCCUGCUUCCGCCUGCUGCUCCAGGCGGGAGCCAACCCGGAUUUUAACUGCUGCGGGCCCAUCAACGUGCAGGGCUUCUCGCGGGGCUCGCCCGUGUGCGUGCUGGACGCCGUCCUGCGGCACGGCUGCGAGCCGGCCUUCGUCCGCCUCCUCAUUGACUUUGGAGCGGAUCUCAACCUCGUCAAGGUGGAGGCCUUGGGAGGUGAGGCCACGGGGAGGGUCAAGGUGAACCCCGAGGCGCUGGAGGUGUUCAAGGAAGCGAGGGGCCGCACCCGGAGCCUCUUGUCUCUGUGCCGCAUAACUGUACGGAGAAUACUUGGCAAAUCCCGCCUGGAUCUGAUCCAUAGCCUUCCAAUCCCAGACCCCAUUAAACAAUUUUUACUCCACGAACACAGUUAAAGGGCGACUGGCUGCUUUUGGGGACAGUUGGACUUGGGAAAUGAGUGCCCUGACGGAGCCAGGUGCCAGUCCUGCCCCUUUCCCCCUUACGGAGUGCACCUGAUUCCUUGCUCCUGUGGAUUUUUUUCCCCCCGCUCCAGAUUUAGGGUGCAGUGAUUCUGUGUGUCUUAUCUCCCUGGGGAGAGGCUGCUAAACGUGUGUGGGUGUUGCUGGAGUAAAUAUAAUAUAUCCUGUA